AUGGCUUCAGACGAGCUGUCGGAGCUCCUCCUGCUACCGUCCUCUUCCACGCAGCUCGUGCUGCCCGGUGAGCGAAGAAGGUUGCUCUUUCGCGAGCCUGACGAGAUGGAGAUGCUGAGUCAUUCUGUGACGAACAAUGACGGCAAGUUUGGCCAGAUGAUCAGCACGGAAAGCCAAGCAGAAACGGUCGCCGAACAGUGUGCAGGCUCUGAGGAGCGAAUGCGGAUGAGGAUGAGCUUUGCAGCUGCGGGGCUGCCGCAGCAGGUCGAGCCGUGGGUGGCUCUGCUCCAGGUGAUGGAGGUGAGACGCAUCAACCACGAUGGCGCUCUGGCCAUUGAGGUGAAGGGUGUCGGAAGGGCCGCUCUCGAGAGCGUCCCUGCACGAGUCCGCCGCCCAGACGGCGUCCUGCGGGCGGCCGCCUCCUUUGUGGGCGACGAGUUGCUGAGCAGCGACCCGAACAGCUCGGCCCUCUCCCAGUUUCUCGACCUCGCCGAGCACAUGGAGCGGGUGGAGGAGGAGCUCGACGCGUGCCGCGCGCUGGAGGGCCAGCUCCUCGAGCCCGAGAGUUGCGCCCGCUUUGACGUGCCGCUGAGGGAGCAGGUGCAAACUGGGCGCACCGCCCUCUUGCAGCGCGGCCUCGACGAGGCUCCCGCGGUCAUGCUGAUGGAGCAGCUCCAGCCGGUCUGGCACACGAGCUGCGACAUCGAGGCGGAGGCGCAGCUCCAGUCGUGGGCUGCCUGCGCGUGCCUCGGCGGCGAGGCGAGGCUAGCCGCCUUUCGACUGCGCUCCACGCCUGCGCGCGCCGCGCUCGCGCACCGCGAGCUGCGGCGCCUCCGCGCAUACCUAGAGACUGAGCAACGCCUCGAGCGAGAGCUGCGCAGGUAG